UUCAUUUUGCCGGGAAUAUGCCCUGGCGCAGGAAUGGCGAUGGCGAGAAGAAUGGGCGCUUCCCUUGCGCGGCGCGGCGUCGCCGGCGGCCGGGUUUUGCUCGCGAGGAGGAGCUCUUCCGGAUGCGCCUUGGCUGCCGCUAGCGAUUUCGAUGAGUAUCGGCGGUCGAUCAACGGCGGGAUCAGCCACAAGGCGCUUCUUGUGGAUGCGGCGGGCACGCUCUUGAUCCCGGCACAGCCGGCUGCUCAGGUCUACCGCGAGAUCGGGAAGAAAUAUGGCGUGACGUACACGGAGCAAGAAAUUCUGGCCCGGUAUCGAUGGGCAUACUCGCAGCCGUGGUACCAGUCGCGAUUGAGAUAUGUCCGAGACGCGCGGCCUUUCUGGGAGUACAUCGUACAGCACGCCUCUGGGUGUUCGAGCAAAGAAUAUUUCGAGGAGCUGUAUCAUUACUACGAAACACCUGAGGCCUGGUAUGUCUCCGACCCAGAUGCUGGUAUGGUCUUUCAAGCUCUCAAAGACGCGGGUGUCAAGAUCGCCGUCGUCUCAAACUUUGAUACCAGGCUGAGGCCGCUGAUGAACUCGCUGGGAUGUGAUCACUGGUUUGAUGCCAUGGCGAUAUCCGCGGAGGUGGAAGCCGAGAAGCCAAACCCGACAAUUUUCUUGCAUGCGUGUGAAUUGGUGGGAGUCAAACCGGAAGACGCUGUGCACGUUGGAGAUGACCGACGCAAUGAUAUCUGGGGUGCCAGGGAUGCAGGCUGCGACGCUUGGCUCUGGGGUGGAGAUGUUCAAUCGUUUCGUGAUGUUGCAACUAGAAUGGGAGUCAAUCUUCCCCAGGCGAAGGCGAGGUAAAGUGUAAGGCGAGCUCCAAGUGAAAGAAAAGUACAGUCGCCUCUUGUAUAGUUUCCCGGCUUUUGAUACAGAGUUUCGCUGUAAAGCAUACUAAUGUGUGGACUGCUUGCAGCUGAGAACUGCAUUGUAAUUUUGCUUCUUAUAAUGACGCGAGAUUGGACUGCCA